AACGCCGUCAAGUGAGCAAUCCGUUCGAGUGAAAGAUGAAUGUGGAGAUAAGAAACUGCAUGUCAUCAUCACUUGGAUUCGCAUUCGCUUGUCAGAGCUCAUCAGGCGCAUUGCUUCGGACUUUGCUACCGUCAGGAAUCUGUUCUUAGAUGGCAGCUGAUGACAUCAUCGAUGUCAAAGUAGUGCUGGUUGGAGAUUCUUCAGUCGGAAAGUCAGCAAUUCUCAAACGAUUCUUCGAUGAUAAAUUUGAGGAAACCUCGACCACCAUAGGAAUCGACUUUCGUUACAUUACUAAGCGACUGGAGAACGGAAAGAAAAUUCGGCUUUGCGUUUGGGAUACAGCCGGCCAGGAGCGAUUCCGACAGCUUGCCCCUUCCUAUAUCAGAGACGCUGACGUCAUAUUAAUUGUUUUUGAUCUCACAGCUUCAAACGCUGUCGAGCAGAUAACUCGAUGGAUGCUGUUCGUAGAGGGUGAACGAGAAGAAGGAGCGAACAUUAUUUUUGUUGGCAACAAAUGCGACAUUAGGCAAAGACGGCAAGAUGCAUCUGUGACAACGAGAAUGAUGUCAGAGUAUAAGUCACCUUAUGUGGAGACUUCAGCCAAAACGGGAUUGAAUGUCAAAGAACUUUUCUCUCUCGUCUCGCAAAUGCCAUUCCAGCAUCGAAAGAAACUUUCAGAAUCAAUACGUCUUACAUCGACACCACCAUCAUCACUUUCACGAUUUUCACAGUGCUGUUAGUACUAUAUUAUCUGUUCAUAUGAUAGUUCUAUAUGGUAAAGAAAGGAAAAACAAUAACUUGUUAUGUUGCUGUUGUGUCUGAGAAGCACUUAAGCGGAGACUUUUUAUCGGAUUUCAUCAACAUGUAGAAAAC